UGCUUUAGAUGCGGUGAAUACAUUAAAACUUUUUAAUCGCUUGAAAGAAAAACUUAUGCAUGUACCAUGGUUUUUGAAAGACAGUAUACAAGGAACAAUGUAUAACUUCUAUGAAAAGUGCUAGCGCCCUUUUGGUGUUCUAUUAGUAAAGAUGGAAUCUGAAGGAAUUCUGGUCGAUAAAGUCCAUCUAUCAAAGAUUGAAAAGCUCGCUGUUGGUGAUAAGCAAAUAGUUGCAGAUAAAUUCAGACGGUGGGCAUCCAAGUACUGUGAGGAUGCCAAGUAUAUGAAUGUGGGAAGUAAUACUCAAAUAAGGCAGCUGCUAUUUGAUGACACAUCGAGGAGGUGGUCUAUGUGUGCACCAAUCAAGGUUGCUUGAUGUUAUGAUUGUUACACAUCAAGUUAAUCACACUGUUUAUGAACUGCUUUACCUGUUUA